AUGAAAACGACGGGAUGUAACUUAGAUAAGGUGAAUAUUCUUCCUAAUGGCCCGAUCACUCCUCUGAUAUCAAGCAAUAUGAUUAAGACUGAAGAUGUUACUCCAAUGGAAGUAACAGCAGAGAAAAGAUCUUCCCCUAUUUUUCAGUGUAGCCAGCUCCAGAGUACUAUUCAGCAGCUGCAAGCGGGAAGUUUUACGGGCAGCACUGCUGGUGGCAGCAGUGGAAGUGUUGACUUGGUCCAGCAGGUUUUAGAGGCACAACAACAGUUAUCUUCUGUUCUGUUUUCUGCUCCAGAUGGUAAUGAGAAUGUUCAAGAACAGCUUAAUGCAGACAUUUUCCAAGUCAGUCAAAUUCAAAAUAGUCCACAGCAGCAGCAACAGCAGCAGCAGCAAGUGAUGGAGUCAUCAGCUGCAAUGGUGAUGGAGAUGCAGCAGAGCAUUUGCCAAGCUGCUGCCCAGAUUCAGUCAGAACUAUUUCCUUCGGCUGCUUCAGCAAAUGGAAGCCUUCAGCAAUCUCCAGUUUACCAGCAGCCUUCUCACAUGAUGAGUGCACUACCUACCAAUGAGGACAUGCAAAUGCAAUGUGAAUUGUUCUCUUCUUCCCCAGCAGUUUCUGGAAAUGAAACUUCUACAACUACCACACCACAGGUUGCAACCCCUGGCUCCACUAUGUUUCAGGCACCAAGUUCAGGAGAUGGAGAAGAAACUGGAGCCCAAGCAAAACAGAUUCAGAACAGUGUCUUUCAGACAAUGGUCCAAAUGCAGCACAGUGGGGACAGCCAACCUCAAGUAAACAUCUUUUCAUCUACAAAAAGGAUGAUGAGCGUACAGAAUAGUGGUACCCAGCAACAAGGGAACAGCUUGUUCCAGCAAGGGAGCGAGAUGAUGUCACUUCAGUCUGGGAACUUUUUGCAGCAGUCUUCUCAUUCACAGGCUUCAACUCUUUCAUCCUCAAAAUCCUAUUGCUGAUGCUCAGAACCUUUC